CUUGUGGCCCCGCCUCCAAACUGCCGCCGAUUCUGCCCGAAGGGACCCGAAGCGGAGACCCCGGCUUCUCCCGGCUCCGAAGCGUCCGUCCGAGCCCGAAGCUCCGGGCCCCGCCUCUUUACGUGCACUGGGCUCGGCUGCCGAGGGGUAAAGGUGCAGCCACGGGCUGGAGCUGUCGGGUGCCGGUUGCCGGCCGCUUCCCUGCCCGGCUCGCAGCCUGACGGGGCAGCACAUCCGGCCCGGGACCGCGACCGAGCAGCGCGCGCUGGGCCGGGGAGGCGUGGCCACAGCCGGGGCGCCCGUGGGCCCGGACCGCUUGGCCGCCUCCCGCCCGGCGGGCGGCGCGGAGCCAGGCCCAGACCAUGUCGCCUGAAGAAUGGACUUAUCUAGUGGUUCUCCUUAUCUCCAUCCCCAUCGGCUUCCUCUUUAAGAAAGCUGGACCUGGGCUGAAGAGAUGGGGGGCAGCAGCUGUGGGCCUGGGGCUCACCUUGUUCACCUGUGGCCCCCACACUUUGCAUUCUCUGAUCACCAUCCUUGGGACCUGGGCCCUCAUUCAGGCGCAGCCCUGCUCCUGCCACGCCCUGGCCCUCGCCUGGACCUUCUCCUACCUCCUGUUCUUCCGCGCACUCAGCCUGCUGGGCCUGCCCACUCCCACGCCCUUCACCAAUGCCGUCCAGCUGCUGCUGACACUGAAGCUGGUGAGUCUCGCCAGUGAAGUUCAGGACCUGCACUUGGCCCAGAGGAAGGAAAUGGCCACGGGCUUCAGCAAGGGGCCCAGCCUGGGGCUCCUGCCUGAUGUCCCCUCUCUGAUGGAGACGCUCAGCUACAGCUACUGCUACGUGGGAAUCAUGACAGGCCCGUUCUUCCGCUACCGCACGUACCUGGACUGGCUGGAGCAGCCCUUCCCGGGGGCCGUGCCCAGCCUGCGGCCCCUCCUGCGCCGAGCCUGGCCGGCCCCGCUCUUUGGCCUGCUCUUCCUGCUGUCCUCACACCUCUUCCCGCUGGAGGCCGUGCGUGAGGACGCCUUCUACGCCCGCCCGCUGCCUGCCCGCCUCUUCUACAUGAUCCCCGUCUUCUUCGCCUUCCGCAUGCGCUUCUACGUGGCCUGGAUUGCCGCCGAGUGCGGCUGCAUUGCUGCCGGCUUCGGGGCCUACCCCGUGGCCGCCAAAGCCCGGGCCGGGGGCGGCCCCACCCUCCAAUGCCCACCCCCCAGCAGUCCGGAGAAGGCGGCCUCCCUGGAGUACGACUAUGAGACCAUCCGCAACAUCGACUGCUACGGCACUGACUUCUGCGUGCGGGUGCGGGAUGGCAUGCGGUACUGGAACAUGACGGUGCAGUGGUGGCUGGCGCAGUACGUCUACAAGAGCGCACCUGCUCGCUCCUAUGUCCUAAGGAGCGCCUGGACCAUGUUGCUGAGCGCCUACUGGCACGGCCUCCACCCUGGCUACUACCUAAGCUUCCUGACCAUCCCGCUGUGCCUGGCAGCGGAGGGCCGACUGGAGUCGGCCCUGCGGGGGCGGCUCAGUCCCGGGGGCCAGAAGGCCUGGGACUGGGUGCACUGGUUCCUGAAGAUGCGCGCCUACGACUACAUGUGUAUGGGCUUUGUGCUGCUGUCCCUGGGAGACACCGUCCGGUACUGGGCCUCCGUCUACUUCUGCGUCCACAUCCUGGCCUUGGCCGCCCUGCUGCUGGGGCUGGCUUUGGGCGGGGGCGGUCCGGGCCGGAGGAAGACCGCGCCCUCGGCCGCCAGCCUGGCCCCAGAAAAGCUCCGGGAGGAAUAGGCUGCCGCGGCACGCUUUGCCAGUCGGCCCGGCCACCAAGCUUCUUGCUUGGGAAUCCUGUGACCCCGGCCGCCGUCUCCCUUCCCAGAAAGAUUGCUGGAGCGGCCAGGGGCCUGGCGAGGAUUCCCGUCUCCUCUCCGUACCCGGCGUCCGACGGAGCCGGGCUGCAGCUCUCCCUGCUUCCCCGCCCUCUGCCCUCUGCCCCGAGGGCUCAGGACAACCCUCGACCACCCGGUGUCCCUGCCCCAGCUUCCGGAGAGAGCCGCACUCCCCCACCCCGCCAGCAGGGGCCGCCAGGCACACGGCUUCUUGGGCACACGUCCUUUUCCUGGCACAGGGUGUGGGGUAGGAGCUUCGGGGCAGGUUCUGGGAGUGGGGAACCUCCUCCCUGUGGCUUUCGUCCCCCUUGUACCAGGAUUUCAGACCCGGAAGGGAACAUAACCCUCCCGUUUCAUAAGGGGGAAACUGAGGCACCGAGGAGCAGGCCUGCGGACAUGGUUCUUGCAGCUUCCAUCUGAGCCACCUCAGGGUCCCAGCGCACCUGUCACCCUCUUGUCAUUCUCUGGCCUGAGACACGGUCAGAAUGUGUGAGCCUCCGCCAAUAAAGUGUUUUGCAAAGAUCGUA